GACCACAGCAGGAUGGGAGCCCGGCCCUCCAGUCCCCUGGACAAGCAGCAGCAGCAGCAACUGAAGGGUGAGGUGGACGUCCUGCUGAGGAACUUCCUGCCUUGUUACCGCAGGCAGCUGGCCGCGUCUGUCCUGAGGCAGAUCUCCAGAGAGCUGGGCCCCCAGGAGCCAGCCGGAUGCCAGCUGUUUCGAAGCAAAAAGCUGCCGCGCGUCCGCGAGCACCGAGGGGCCCUGAUGCACCUGCAGGGCCACCCGCCCCGGUGGCAGGCGGUCUUCUGCGUUCUCCGUGGGGACGGUCGUCUGGAAUGGUUCAGGCACAAAGAGGAGUAUGAAAGCGGGCGCCCUGUCCUCGGCUCCACGGCCCUGACGGGGUACACGCUCCUGACGUCCCAGCCUGAGUACCUCCGCCUCCUGGACGCGCUGUGCCCUGACUCCUCCGGGGACCAGGUGCAAGAAGACACUGAACCCCUCUUGGAAGCGCCGGUGAGCUUCCCCCUAUUCCUGCAGCACCCCUUCCGCAGGCACCUCUGCUUCUCUGCAGCCACCAGAGAGGCACAGCGUGCCUGGCGUCUGGCCCUGCAGGGUGGCAUCCGACUUCGGGGCACAGUCCUGCAGCGGAGCCAGGCGCCGGCUGCCCGCGCCUUCCUGGAGGCCGUCCGGCUCUACCGGCAGCACCGCGGCCACUUUGGCGAGGACGACGCGACCCUCGGCUCCGAUGCGGAGGUGCUGACGGCGGUGCUGCUGCGGGGGCUGCUGCCGGCCACGCGGGCCCAGAGCCUGCGGGACCUGCGGGGAGCUGGCCGCGCCCGGGCCUGGGCCUGGACGGAGCUCGCGGACGCCGUCUACGCCGCGGUCCUGGCGGGCGCCUCGGCGGGGCUCCGCGCCUUCCAGCCGGAGAAGGACGAGCUGCUGGCGUCCCUGGACAGGAGCCUCCGCCCGGACCUCGACCAGAUGCUGCAGCUGCGGGCGCGCGUGGCGGGGAGGCUGCGGGCGGAUGUCCAGGGCCCGCUGAAGGCCUGCCUGCGCCGGAAGGUGGACACGCAGCUGCCCCAGGUCACGCAGACGCUGCUGAGCACCGUGGAAGCCGCGCUGGACGCGGUGCGGACCCUCCUCGCCCAGGGCAUGGACCGCCUGUCCCGCCACCUGCGUGGGAACCCCUCCAGCGCGCGGCUGCGCAGAGAGGUUUACGCAUUUGGGGAGAUGCCCUGGGACCCAGAGCUGAUGCGGAAGUGCUAUCGGGAGGCCGAGCGCAGUCUUGGAACCCUGGGGCAGCUGGCAGCACCAUUCGGCUUCCUGGGGACACAGAGCUUGGUGUUUGGGGUCCAGGAUCUUGCACAGCAGCUCAUGGCCAACGCUGUGGCCACCUUCCUGCAGCUGGCGGACCAGUGUCUGACCACCUCCCUGGACUGCCAGCAGGCGGCUGAGCAGCUGGGGAGAGUGGGAGGGCGGGUGCUGAAGAAGUUCCAGUCGGACGGCGAGGCCGAGCAGCGCAGGUGCGUCCGGGGCUGGCUGCUGAGCAUCUCCCUGCCCUUCGUGCUGAGCCAGCUCCAGCGGAACUGCAGAACCAAGCUGCCCGAGUUUGAGGGGGACGUCCUUGCCAUGGGCAGCCAGGCCCUGACCAUCGAGGGCAUCUACGAGGAUGUCAUCCGGGAAGCCUUGCUGCAGAGGAUCGACCAAGAAUUGAAAAAGGGCCUUGGCACCAGCGACUCGCCCUGCACUCAGGAGGCCUCGUGGCACCAGGAGGCAGCAGGUGGGCCAAGCUGGUGACCAGCAAGGUGAUGAGAAGCCACCGUGGAUUCUCUGAGCUGCAGAAGGACCCUGUGGGCCCCGGCUCUGAGGCAUGUGGGCUCAGCCCUGGGAGCUGGACUGGUGCUGAGCCGGUGACCCAUCUCUUCUGGCCAGGACAAAGCAGGGUGCUUCCCAUCAGCUGCUUCCUGUCCUCAAUAGGAGGAGGGGACACUGUGGACAUGGGAUGACCCUUGAGUUUAUCAUCCGUGAGGACACUGUGAGAUGGGCAUAUUAAGGGGUCAAUUUGUUACACAGCAAUAGCUAACUAAUACACUCCCCAGCUGUUCUGGAGCAGUACCCUGUCACCAAU